GGCUCUGUUGCCUAGCGACCAAUGAUGACGUUUCCGGAGCGCGAAAUGUAAACAAAACGUGGUCGCAGAAAGUUAUCAAUUUAUUAAGUUUUCAUAUAAUUUAUGAUUUUGUUAUUAAGUAUGUGCAAGUGAUACAUAAACUACCUUCUUACAUCCUUCAUGGUAAUUUUUUGCAUCAAAUAAAAGUAUUAUGGAAAAUACAACUUUGGACGCUCUUCAAUCUGAAGUUGAUUUUUACAGGCAAAAUCAGACAGUAGUGGAAGAGGAAAUCAGAUCACUGAUCGCGGACAACCAGAAACUGUCUCAACAAGUGGGGAUGCUGCUUAAAGAGAAACUGGAUAAUGCUAGACAGGCCAAUAACCAGGAUCAGGGUAAAGAGUUGGACGAGUUGAAGAAACAAGUCACUUUACUUGCUAAGGAAAGAGACUCCCUCCACGUUUUAUGGCAGACAUCGCAGAAGACUAUAGAUGCACUGGAAACCGAGCUCAAGACUUACCAGAGCUACGACAAGAGAGGACAGCAGAACUCAACCGAAGAAAGAAGAGAUUUGGAACUGAAACUCGAAACAGCAUUAACUGACUAUAUCGAGUUAGAAAAAAACCACAAAGAUUUACAAACAAAACACAGUAUUUUAGAAAACGACUUGAAAACUAAAGAAAAAGAGAUAAAUUCGUAUAAAGAACGAGGCAAAGCAUUAGAAGAUAAGUUGAAUGACGUUACAAAGAGUUUAGAAGAAUUUAAAAUUAAUUUGGCCGUUGAAAAGAAGAAUAGUGAAGAUUUGAAAGCGCAGUUGAGUUUGUGUCAGAAAGAAUGUGGGGAAAAGGUGAAGAGGGAGGCAGAGGCAAAGUCAAAAGUUGCCGAAGCAUUGCAGCUUUAUGAAGUGGUAUCCAAACAGAAGAAUGAGGCUUACAAAACUAUACAGGAAUUAACCAGAGAGGUAACAGACCUAAAGCACGCACUAUCCAACAUAAGACAUGACAUAGAAUCAUCAUGUAGGAAGGAAAUGGAUGAAAUCAAAGAGAAGUACAAUGAAAAAGUAUCAGAUAUGCUGCAACAUAUCAGGAACUUGGAUGCUGAGUUAGUGGAAAAAGGGUUGCUGUUGAACAAGACUUUAAGAGAAAACAAAAUACUAAUAGCAUCCAACGAGAAUUAUCUGAAACAGCAGAAGGAUACAUUAACAUCAGUUGAUCCGAAACUCGCACUAGCUGAACAAAAACUUGAAGCGCUGUUCCAGGAACUAGUAUCAUCAGAACGUCGCAACAUGCAGUUGGUUUGCGAGAAGCAAUGCCUUGCGAUAGACGUGCAGCGAAUACAAGAUGGCCACGCGAGGGAGAUCAAGCGUCGGGACUGGGAGGAACAACUCUUGAGGACGCAGUGUGACGAACUUAAGUUGCAAGUGGAACAUCUCCAAAAAUCGUUGGACGAAACCCACAAGAUGGUUAACAAGUUACAAACUAUGCUGGCUUCCAGAACAGAAUUAAAUCACAAAAUGGUGACAACAAAAGAAGAAGAGGUGAUAGAAUUGAACAAACAUUUAGCAAAUCAAAUGGAGCUUAGCAAAAAAUGGAAAGAGUCUUACCUAGAGAUGACAGAAAAAUUAAAGAAGAAACUUGAUGAAUUACAUAAAGAAAAUAAGGAAUUGCGCUCCAAAUUAAAACUACCCUAUAUUGGAACUUCUGAAGAUAGCAAUAGCUAACAAUUAAAUUAGUCUUAAGAAUAUAUUAUUCCUUCUUAGAAUUAUAAAAAUGCAAUAAAAGAGUAGUAUUUACACAAAAUGUAUUGGAAAUAUGAUUCAAACCAGUAUUUCUGUAUUUUAUGUUAUAUCAAUUUUUUUAUGAAGAAUUUGCAUAUAUCGAAAAAAAUAUACCUUUAAAUUGAU